CAUUUAUUCCGCGGCGUUAUGGGAACACCAAGCUUUCACACGCGUUUUGCGCACGACCGGAUCCUAUUGGAUGAGCAGUGCAGGGGAUAUUAGUGAUGAUAGAGAGAGAGAGAGGGAGAGAGAGAGAGAGCUCCUGUCUCUCCAACAGCAGACGCACAACGUUCCUGAUCGCACUCUAGAUGCCUUUACAGCAGACGCACCUCUGUCGGCUGUGAGGAUCGUUUCCCUCCCUCCUUCGUGCAGCAAAAAGCGAAAAGACACCGAGGUUUAAUGCCAUUGCAGAACACGUGGAGAGCCUCUUUACGAGUCCCCGCGGCUGUGCGCCUUCCCUUCCUCCCCCCCGCUGCCAUGGAGGAGCGCAGGCGGUGGUGCAGCGCUGGGAAAAUGAGCGAGAGGCGCAGAGGAGGCAAUCAAUGAAGGCGCGGAGAGCUCCUGCGCGUCUGGGCAAGGUCGGUGCCGAGCGUGGAUGAGAUUAUGUCCGAGUGGAGACAGCAAGGACGGACUUUUCUGCUUCCUCUCCGGGGAUGCCCCCUGGAAAAAACAAGAGUUUCUCUCUCAGAGGCGACGAAGACCCGUUUCCCUCCGUUUGCGCGAUCCUGCUUGAGCCUCUAUUUGUGACAAUCCCUCGUCGCUCUCACCUGGGAGGUGAGGCGCCCUCGCUCUGGGUGAUUUAUCGGUUCCGUCGCUCAGUGCCGAGGCCACCUGCGGUGAUUUAGGCGCUGCAGCAGCGGGGGAUCCAGCUGUGUUCGCCGGACGGAACGCGUCUGCCGCUGCCGCUGUCCAUGGUGCUGAACCCGGGCUCCAGGAAUGGUGGAGACGCUGAGUAUCGCAGUGAUCGGUGCUCCCGGAGUGGGCAAAACUUCUAUAAUCCGCCAGUUCAUCUAUAACGAUUUCUCGGAGGCGUACACGCCGACCAGGAGCCGAUACGUAUACAGACCCUCGGUCAUUCUGAACGGGAACAUGUACGAGUUAAAGAUUUUGGACGUCCCGCCAAUCUCCUCCUUCCCAGCAAGCGCCAGUCAGGAAUGGCUGGAUCUGCGCUGCAGAGGAGUCCGCAACGCCAACGCUUACAUCCUGGUGUACGACAUCUGUUGUGUGGAGAGCUUUGAAUACGUCAAAAUGAUCAAACAGCAGAUAGUGGAGAACAGGGAAGGCAGCAGCAGCGAGGUGCCAAUCCUGGUGGUGGGUAACAAGCGGGAUCUGCAGAGGCAGCGCUUCAUGCCCCGCAGGGCGGUGUCGGUCCUGGUGAAGAAGACCUGGAAGUGCGGCUACGUGGAGUGCUCCGCCAAGUUUAACUGGCACGUGGUCCUGCUCUUCAAGGAGCUGCUGGGCAUCGCCGUGGCCCGGGGCAUGCGCCAGAACCACACCUCCAUCCGUCUGCAGGGGGCGCUACAGAGGAAUCGGUGCACCGUCAUGUGACCCCGAGAGCUCCCUCCACCCCUUCUCAUCUGUGGGAUGGAGCAGACCCUGGAGAAAAGGACUCUUUAUCGUAAUGGCUGGAAAAAUACCCCGUGGCCUCUUGCUUAACUGAGCUGAUUUUUCAUGAGGUUUAUUUGACUCUCUGCGCUGUAAAAGACUCUGAAUUUCCACACAUGCUCAUCCAACCACUUCCUAGUCUAAUUCUGCCCACUGUGUAGAAAGGAGGAAGCAGAUAGAAGCAACAGCAACUUGAAAUCCAGCAAAGUUAUAUUUUCUCACGUCAGCUGGAAGGCUAAGCAUUUCAGGCUGGGCCUCCGAAUGUAACACGGCAGGUACAUCAGGUCUGUAACUGGGGCUGACAGCGUGAAAGCUGUGCUAGCGAGACUCAAAACCAGAAAGGCAGCAAUAUUAUUGAGUCUUCCUUUUGGAUUUGACAUAUUCAGGAAGGUGAAAAGGCACAAGAUGUGACGCACCAGGAUUUACUUGGGCCCAUGACCCAAGAUAUGAAAUUACAAAGAUAAAGAAAAGAAAUACCGGUGCAUGUCACUUGAAAUUAUCAAUAAGAUUUUUUUGUUUCAGUGAUUUAAUUAAAAAAGGGAAACUUAAUUAUUCAGAGUGUUAUAUCUCAAGCGUUUAUUUGUUGAUGGAAACGCAACAUUUAUUUUUUUUCAGAAGGUUUGAAUAUUAAACAAGACUGAUAAAAAGAGAUUUUUGAUACAGAAAUGUCAGUCCACUGAAAACUAUGUCCUAUACUGUGCAGUAUACACAUUCAAUACUUGGUUGGGGCUCCUUUUGCAUAAAUUACUGCAUCAAUGCAAAGUGGCAUGGCAUGUGGGCAGGGUACAAGUCCCACUAAAGAUGAAAUCAGCACAUCCAUAAACCUUGUCCGAAUAAAGAAGCAUGAGAUCCUGUAAAAUUCAGCCGGCCGAUCUGACUUUGGCCUUGAGAAAACAUAAUGUACCGUCACCAGCAGACUCCAAAUCUUCAUUGCCCGUGGAACGCUCACUUUUGAACGUCAAACAACAUGGAUUCUGUGCCUCUCCAUUUUUCCGCCUGACUCUGGGACCUUAAUUUAAGAUGAAAUGUGAAAUCAGCCUUCAUUCAAGAAGAGGUCUUUGGACCAGUGAGCAACAGUCCAUGCUUCAGUCCAGGCAAGACGCUCCUGUCAGCUGUGUCCUGGAUAUGUCGAUGAGAGUUGGCUCUUGAAACUCUGACCCCAACUGCAGUCGAUGUCUUGAUAAUUUCCCCUGAACCCUUGAAUGUGCUUCACAUUACAAUCUUCUCAAGGCUGCAGUUAUUCCUUUUGCUUGUGCACCGUUUUCAGACACACUUUUUUUUUUUUACCUUCCACUCAACUUUCCAUUGAUAUGCUUGGAUAGAGCACCCUGUGAGCAGUCUGCUUCUUUAGACGUCAUCCUUUAUGGCUUACUCUCCUUGGCAAUAACUGUUUGCUGGACAACUGCACAGUGAUGACCGCGACAAAACAUUUCUGUAUUAAAAAUAAUGUUAAUUUAUAGCACUCCAAUUUCCAGUUAACUAAAGCAUGGAUUUUUAUUUGAUGAAAGCUACAAUUAUCCAAAUUAGCCAAGAUAAAUGGCUUAAAUAUAUAUAGCAUUCUGUGUGUAAUGAAUCUGUAUAACGUACAAGUUCCACAGUUUUAAUUCAAUCACGGCAAUAAAUUAACUCUUCUGGAAAGAUUAUCUUGAAAUGUAAAUAGAUAUGAUAAUUAUUGUAGGCCUGUGGAAUUAGCCUGCAUUAUUCAUUCUUUCCCUGCCACUGUUGCAGACUCGGCCUAGGGUGAAGGGUGUUUGUCCCCACCAAGGGUGUUUCAAGGUUGUCUUGCAGCAGAAAAUACUGCAGUCCCUCGUUAUGAUAAACUGUAGGGCAUCAAACGACCUUCUGCCCUCGCCCGGACUCUGUUUCUGCAGAGUACAUUAAAACCAGGGAUGCGGGGAAAUGCAGGGGGCCUAAAAUAAGAACCUGUACUAGCAUUGUGGUUGUUAGUGCGUAUGUGUGUGUGUGCUUAAUGUACUAUAACUGUGGGCCCUGGCAGACAAAACGCUGCACCUCAGCGCACGUUGGCAUCCCCCUUAAUGGUAGUUGUUAAAGUGUGUGUAUGUGCCUGUGUGUGAAGAGGAGAGCAAGCCAAGGUGACGCAGAGAAAGGCGGGUUUGAUGACUGACAUUCAGGCAGGUAAAGGACAGACACUGCAGGAUAGGGAAACAGAUGCUGAAGCUUUGGAUUAGAAUGGAGCAAUAAAACCCCGCAGCGAUGCCCCCAAGCGACUACACACCAAUACAUCAUAUUGAAAAUGCCUCUCGUAAUCGCUGUAAUCCAUGUGUAACGCACUCCUGCAUCCUAUAAAACUGAGUAAACAGAGCUCAGUGCCUCCUACAAAUGUACCAUUAAAGAUGCAAAUGGGUCAUUACUAAAGCUUUAACAUCACUAUCUGAAAAUCAUCAUAAUGGUAAUGUUGUGAGACACGCUCUUAUUUCCAUUGACUAGGCCAAGGUAGGUACUUUGGGAACACAUUUGACCAAUUUGUAUAUAUGAACGACUCAUAGAGGGAUCAUCCUGCAUGCUUUUGUUGGUAAAAUCCAACAGGUCAGGGUUUAAUUGCACUGAUGUGAAAAUGUGAUCUCGUGUUUAAUCGUUAUUAUUUUUGCAUUACAUGUUUCCCUGACUCUACAGUGAGCAGCUGAGUGAAUGAAUGUGAUUUUUUUUCUUUUCAGCGGGAUGAGAGAGCACAAGCUCAUGAUUUCCUGCAAAUGUAGUGCUAAUCCUUCAGCGGGGCCAGAUGGUUGCAUUUUUUUUUGUAGUAGUACAAAAAAGAGAGAGAGAGAGAGAGAAAUAUGUAGCAGAGAUAUGAGAAAGCAACUGUGUGUAGCACGAGUUCCCAUCAUUUUGUGUGUGUGUUUCAGAAUAAAAAGGGCUACAGUUUGUUUUUUGUUUUUUCAAUCUGAAACCUUGUCUUUAUUUUUAUGGUGUCGGUACUAUAGUCAUUUUUUUUGACACAUGAGGAAUAAAUAAAUAAAUGCAUUUGAGAGCGCCAA